AUGGCUCCAGCAACAAAGCCCUCGGUGGCGCCGCUACCGCUCCUCUACUCCGCCUUCUUUCUCUACAUCGAACCCGUCUCCACCGCAGUCGGCGCCUAUUACUCGCAUUUCCAGAAGCAGGAAUAUAUGGAUCUUACCCYCGGCAGCUCGAUUGGUCAAUCGCAUGCCACUUCGUACUCUGCCGUCACUCUUAGAGAAGACAUAGUUUUGACGCAGCUAGUAGGUCACCCGGCUCUUUGUUUCUUUUCCCUCUCACUUCUUGUUGCUGACGCGGCAAGCAAGGCCAAUCUCUAUCYGGUCUUUGCCUUUUCCGAGGCCUGCGUUCUACGCGCCACUACUGACAGAGCUGUCUGGCGUGUAUUCUUGCUGGGUCUUUUGGUGGCGGAUAUGGGACAUCUCUGGUCGUGCCAUUACAUUGGUUGGGAGAUCUUCUACCAGCCCUGGACGUGGAAUGCCAUUUAUUGGGGAAACAUCGGCUUCGUGUACGUGGGAGCUGCGAUGCGAAUAGMCUUUCUUCUCGGCAUUGGGCUCAACGGAAGCGUUUCCAAGACCAAGAUCAAAGCCUAA